AUGACAAUCAAGACAAAUCCAGUAUAUGUCUCCACCAAAGAUACAGCCGAGCAUAUCCUCUCAAAAUAUGACAACUUUCUAUUUGACUGUGAUGGUGUGAUUUGGUUAGACAACAAGCUCAUACCCAAAGUUGAUAAAUUCUUACAGUUACUUCGUGCCCAUAAUAAAAAGUUUAUAUUUGUUAGCAACAAUUCCUCAAAAUCUCGUCAAGUUUACUUAGAAAAGUUUGCCGAAUUGGGUAUUCACAAUAUUUCCAAGAAUGAAAUUUACCCAACUUGUUACUCAGCAGCCCUUGAGUUGACUAAGUUACAAAUUCCUCUUGGAUCAAAGAUCUGGGUAUUGGGAGAUGAAGGGAUCGAACGAGAAUUGACCGAAAUGGGAUAUAUACCAAUUGGAGGAACUGACUCUAGAUUAGAUUCGGAGUGGCAGGAAAAUCAUCCUUUAUUGACGGUUGAUCCUGAAGUAAAGGCAGUUGUCGUUGGGUCAACCAAAAAGUUCAAUUAUAUGAAAAUAGCAACUACUUUGCAAUAUCUACUUUACAAGAACAAAUCCAUUCCAUUUAUUGGUACAAAUAUUGACCGUUCGUAUCCUGGACCUGAAGGUAUUAUAUUACCUGCUGGGGGAAGUGUGGUGAAUUACAUGGCAUAUACUGCGGAUCGUGAAUUUAUCAAUACUGGAAAGCCAAGUAGUGACUUUUUAGAUAUUAUUUUACAGGACCAAGGAUUUAAAAGAGAGAAGUCGUUGAUGGUUGGUGAUACAAUGUACACUGAUAUUAAGUUUGGUAAUGAUGGACAAUUGGGUGAUGGACAGGGAUCAUUACUUGUACUUUCUGGAGGAACCAAGUUUACUGAUUUAGCUAAAUUAUUGGACAAUAGAAGUUUAGAAGAUGAAAGUUUGGUUCCUCUGUUUUAUGCAGAGUCUUUGACUAGUUUAGUAGAAUUGUUAGAGUAA